GCGAAUUUUUUAGUUCACUUGCAUUACGAUACGUCGAGUUGUGUUUGAAUUUGAAUUCGCAAUUGUCAUUACAACCAACUGAAGGUUACCCACGUGGGGAAUGACAAUUCUUUUUAAAUAUAAAGCGCGUGCGGACAAUUCUUUGAAAUUAGUAUGUAAAAUCUCCUACCAGAAUCAUGAGAAAAAUUAAAUAUUUACAUAACCUAGAAGUCUGCUGAUGGAUAAAAAUAAAUAUUUGAAUAAAAUUGCUGAUAAAUAUCGAUUAAUCGAAUUACUGUAAUAUAUCAUUUAAUUAAUCGCAAUUAAUUUUUUACUCGCCAUGGAUAAGAAAAAUGAAAAACGUGAGCUACCUCCUGCCCUGAAGAAGAUUUUGGAUACUGAUGUCUACAUAACCAAUGUCUUCGUUAAAAAGGUUGAGAAUUUAAUGCCCAUGAAGCAGCUGAAGAUGCACUAUCGUGCUCUGGAGAUCACUGCGCACACGAUUCCGUGGCUGGCUGGAUGGUUGGCUUUCAUAUGGAUCCUGGGUAGCAAAAGCCUGUACCAGAUGCAGGUCAAUUUAUUCAUAGGCCUUUUGAUAGACAUUGUAGCAGUUGCCGUUUUAAAAGCCGCGACCAGAAGAAGGAGGCCUGCUAAGAAUGAUGACCCAUUUGAAAUGGGUCCGGAUAAAUACUCAUUCCCUUCUGGACACGCGUCGAGAGUGGCGAUGCUGACGUAUUUUUUUAUCAACCUUUGGCCAGUUCCCAUUUUCUGCAUGCCCCCUCUGCUGGCCUGGUCCACAGCUGUCUGUGUUUCCCGUGUCCUGCUUAAGAGACACUACAUCCUGGACGUUCUUGGUGGUGUCUGUCUGGGAAUUUUCACGGGGAUCUUCCUGAGUCUCAUUUACUUGGAGCAAGAGACUUGUAUUUAUAUAAUUUCCUGGUUGACGGAUGAAAAGCUCGAGGGUGGUGAGUUCCAUGUUUGAUUACAGUUACCAGGAAAAAUGUUAUAUAUUUUAUAAGAGUGACAGGAUUUUAAUAAACGAUCAAUUGUAUUUUAUAUAAAUUAGAAAUUUAAUAUUAAUUGUUUCUGACGGUUGGAAUGUCUUUUUAAGUUUGAAACCAAAGCUUGAAUUUUAAACUAUAAUUAAUUGAUAGGACAAAGACAACAAAACCCGGGGUUGGGUAAAUUAAUGAAAUUAUUUUUAAUUAUACAGUUUUUUAAAGGUAUUAGUUUGUGUUGAUUGGUUGUGUCUAGACAUAUAUUUUGUGAUAAAUAAUUUUUAUUAGAAUUAGCAGUAAAUGUGUGAAUAAGUUUUUGAUUUGUCACUUGAGUAAUUUAUCAUUAUAAUAAAACUAUUUUUUCAUUUAAAUAUUUUUUUUCAAUGACAACUCCGUCCCAAGUGUCACAAAAAAAAAAUUGCUGAUUAUUUUUUUAAUUAAAGUUAAUAAUUAGUAACAUUAAUUACUUAUUACCGACGAAUUUAACAAAAAUUUUAUUUUUUACUUUUGUCCCUACGCAAAAAAAAAAAUUUUUUUGAUGGAAAAAAUUUUUGCUAAGAAAUUCUUUUUUUUUCGUAGCGCCAAAUCCGUCCAUUCAAAAAAUUUCCCGGACAAAAAUAAUUGAUAUCAAAUUUUUCAAAUUUUUAUAGAUCCCUUAGAUCUAAAUUUCUAAUUCAUUGUUUGAAUUUUUUCAUUUGAUUUCAAUUCCCAAUGGAAUAUUUUCGGUUGAAAUAAAAACAAAAUGACAAUCAAGUUAUAUAAUUUUAUUUUAUAAAUAAUAAAUUAUAAAGAAUGUAAAUUUUGACACAUAAAUUAUUAAUAUUAAUAUUAUUUCGUGUUGUAUUGUCAUCUCUAUACCUUUGAUUGAUAAAUUAUUAAAACUUGCACUAGCUAACAAUUGCGUGUUAAAUAAAAAGAUCUAUAAACUGUUAAACAAAAUCAUUACUCAGCAAAAGAAUUUAUCUUGAUAAAAUUAUAGCGAGUUUUUAUAGCUGAGACAAAACAUAGCUCUUGAAUUAUUCCUGAAAUAUUAUUAUAUUUUAAAUAAAUAUAUAUAUUCAUUAUUAAUAUAUUAAAGUAAAUAUUUAAGAUAAAUGCCAUUAAAUCUAAAGUGUCUUUUUGUACUCGAUACAAUGGUUCUAAGUAUAAAUACACAAAUAUAUAAUAAAUAAAUAUAUAAUUAAGUUCUAAUGACAUUAUUAUUAUAUUAAUUAAUCAAUAAAUAUAUAAUCUAAGCAAUAUAUAUGUAAAUCUAUUCUAAAAAAUAAUAACUAGCAUCAGUGCCCCGCCUAAAGGUGCCGUGUGCUAAAUAUUUAACUAA